GCGAAUUUUUUUUUCUUUUUUCUAACAAGUGAUUGUCAUACUGUCACAUUACACAUAAAAAUAUUUCUGCACCUUGUCGUAGAACUGACGUAAAGCAACACCUAGCACUUAGGAUUAGGUAAUUUAGUGCCCAACCUAAAGCUCACGUGAUCAAGCUAGCAUUCUAAUUGCAUUUGAUGGUAGGUUAGAUGUUAAUACACAGAGUAGAAGGGUAGAUAUAGAAUAUCCAAGUAUAUGUAUUAGUCGCUGGAUCAAAACUCUACUAUAUAGAUAGUAAACUAAGCACUCUCUUCUCCCGUACCCAGAUUGUAGAAGACUUAACAACUAUGGCCAAAACCAUCUCCGACCUCUCAGAUAUCACUGACUUUGUUAUAAACAAAGGCAAUGGAGUAAAGGGACUCUCAGAAUUGGGCCUCAAAAGCAUCCCCAACCAAUACAUCCAACCCCUUGAAGAAAGAAUCGGUACUAUGAUAAUGUCCCAAGACUCCAUUCCUAUCAUUGACAUGUCGAAUUGGAACGACCCGAAAGUGGUAGAAUCUAUUUGCAGUGCAGCAGAGAAGUUGGGGUUCUUUCAGCUAGUGAAUCACGGGGUGCCGGUUGAAGUGCUCGAGAAUGUGAAGGAAGCAACUCAUCGCUUCUUUUUGUUGCCAGCUGAGGCGAAGAGUAAGUACUCGAAAGAGCGUUCGCCUUCGAACAAUGUCCAAUAUGGCACGAGCUUUAAUCCUCAAGCAGAGAAGGCUCUGGAGUGGAAAGAUUUCCUUGGUCUCUAUGCUUAUGGGGACGAGCAUGAGGCCUCUGCGUUUUGGCCUCCUGUGUGCAGGGAUGAAGUACUUGAAUAUAUGAAGAAGUCUGAAAUUCUUACAAAACGACUCGUAGAGUUGCUAAUGAGAAGACUAAAUGUGAAAGAAAUAGACAAAGCAAAAGAAUAUCUUUUAAUGGGGGCCAAGCGGAUCCAGCUCAACUACUACCCCAUUUGCCCAAAUCCUGAGCUCGCAGUCGGAAAUGGCCGUCACUCUGAUAUCUCAACGCUUACAAUCCUCCUUCAGGACGAUAUUGGUGGGCUUUACGUGCGAAGGAAUGACAAUGGCAAUGACAAGGAUAGUGGCUGGAUUCAUGUUCCACCUGUGAAGGGGUCCUUAGUUAUCAACAUUGGUGAUGCACUGCAAAUAAUAAGCAAUGGGCGAUACAAGAGCGUUGAGCAUCGAGUAGCGGUCAGUUCAAGUAAGAACAGGGUUUCGAUUCCCAUAUUUGUCUUCCCAAGGCCAUCUGAGAUGAUCUCUCCGCUGCUAGAAGUGCUUGAAAGUGGCGAGAAACCAGUGUAUAAGUCAGUUCUCUUUUCUGAUUAUGUCAAGCAUUUCUUUGCGAAGCCCCAUAAUGGAAAGACAACGAUUGAGUUUGCCAAAAUAUGAAGAUUAUGCACUACGCACGAAAAUUUUCUCAUGUAGUAAGAGAUGCGAUUAAAUCUCUUAAAUGUAUGCAUUCUUAUCCUACUACAACUCAUCAUAUCCAACUCUAAAUUGAACUGAGUAUGUGAUCUGAUUUUCUUCUUCUUCUUUGUGACAGCUUGACGAAUAUGAAAUAUCCUUCUUUGACCGUUUA